CACAGUUUAUGGGGAAAUUACUUGUGGAAUUCUGCUAGAUGUUUAUGCCAAUACUUUUACGAAAAUCCAUCCGCCAUUCAAGGUAAAACAGUGAUUGAAUUAGGAGCUGCAGGAGGUCUUCCAAGUUUAGCUUGUGGCAAACUCGGAGCCAAGAAGGUUAUUAUUACCGAUAUUGAUGAUGGAGAUUUAAUUCCAAAUCUCAAGAGGAAUGUUGCAUUGAAUUUUGAUGAAGAUAACACUGUGAUGGAAGUGAGAGGACAUGCUUGGGGUGAAAAAUUAGAACAAACAUUCGGAAAAGGAGAGGAGAAGGAAACUUUUGAUAUCAUUCUGUUGAGUGACUUGUUGUUCAAUCAUUUUUGUCAUUCUCAAUUGUUGGACAGUUGUGAAUAUUUGUCACAUCCUAAUACUUUAAUUUAUGUCGGAUAUUCACAUCACCGACCUUGGUUGAUUAAGGAAGAUAUGAAUUUAUUUAAAUUGGCCACAGAGAGAGGAUUCAAAGUGGAAUAUGGAUUCCAGAGGAAGUAUCCACCAAUGUUUGAAAAUGAUCCAGGUGAUUAUGAAGAAAGAUCUACUGUUCAUGUUCAAAUUAUGAGACCACCAUCACACAAUUAG